GAGCCCACGAGUAGUGACGAACAUCUAUGCUACGAUCUAUAACACGCGUUUUUGGACUCUCAAAGUAUGAAACUUUAGAAUCCGCAAGAUAAAUCUUCAAAAAUGUCAUACUCGCAACUUUAUUUGAAAAGUGGUUUUCCCCGAGCCAAUGCUUGCAAUGGUAUUGGACGUUACAUCGGACAAUUGCAAAGAGUUACCUUAAAGUUUUGUAAAACCCACGGUGCCAGCCGAGGUUUAAGAGAAUUCAUUGAAAAUGAUUUACUUAAUUAUGCUAAAGAAAAUCCUGGAGUUGUUGUUUAUGUCAAACCAAGGAGACACAGAGGUCCUGUCAUCAGAGCUGAAUAUCUUAGUGGAGAAAUACAUUGGAUCCCUGUACACAAUUACAGUAGAGAUGAAAUAGUCAAAUAUAUGGAGCUUGUACGGACUCAGUCUUCAAAUGGUUCUACUUUAAGGCUUCGUAAAAUGUGGCAUACAGAAUUCCCAUCUAUACAAGGAACAUGGACACCAUUCACUUUCAGAGAUCCAAAACUAAACACUAUAGAAUUUCCAAAUGAUGAAAUUGGAGCAUGUCCUAAGUUUGAACCCACAGCUUCAGAGAAGAUUAUUCAAUUGUUCAAGGAGCAGCAAUUAUGCGAGGUCUUAGAGGAGCAAGAAACAUCAGAAGCUGCGAAAGAUUAAAUGUAGGAUCAAU